AAUGCCUUGCAUACGAAUCCCCCCGCCUCGUGACGGUUCUGUGACACUUCCAGAGGCUGUCGACUACCACAGAAAGCACCAUCCAGAUAGACCAAUCUUUGUCUUUCACUCCGAUGGAAACCCAGACGUAACCGAAAUCUCUUUCCUUGAAUUCGCCCGCGCGACCGACCGCGUCGGGCAUUAUCUGCGACCGAAGAGAGAAGGGCCGGAAAAGCAAGUUGUGGCUCUUAUUGCUCUCUCCGAUAGCCUGCUCUACCAGGCAGUGUCGCUCGGGAUUAUGAGGGCCGGAAUGAUGCCGUACCCCAUGUCGCCCCGUAAUACUCCAGCAGCAACAGUCAAGCUCCUGAAAGACGCAGGGUGCCAUCGUCUGGUAGCAACGCGCGAGACUCUGCGACCUCUCAUCAAUGAAGUGAUGAAGUUGCUAGCCUCCGGACCUUCUUAUGAGUUUGUUAUCGAGGAAGUUCCGCCUCUACUUGAAAUAUUCCCCAAGCUGGGCUACGAAAAGGAAGAGGACCCGUUUCAGCCAUACCCUGCUGGCUCGCGUCCUCCUCUCGAUGAGAUUCUCAUGUAUCUGCACUCAUCUGGGAGCACCGGGCUGCCCAAGACCAUUCCCCAGACCUUUAGGACCAUGGUCCAUUGGGCUUCUUUCGCUCCAAUCACUGAUGUGCGCGACUACAAGGUCCAGCUUCGACAGGCAGCCAUGCCUCUACCAGCCUUCCACACCCUUGGCAUCAUUACCCAUCUCCUGUGCGGCUUCUACGGGAUGGUACCCAUCGGCCUCUACCCACCAAUGGCGACAACUCCGCAGGCUCAACCUAUGAUGCUGACACCUCAGAACAUUCUGGAGCACACUGUGCGAACAAAAUGCAACUCAAUGAUUAUUAUACCUGCCCUCCUCCAAAUCUGGGCGAGUGAUGAGAAGGCGGUAAAAUUACUCAGCACCUUGGAAUAUGUGGGUUUUUCUGGCGGAGCUGUGCCCGCUAAACUGGGAAAUUUCAUGACCGAAUCAGGCGUAUACAUAGCGCCGGUGUACGGUGCCACGGAGUUUGGAUCUCCUACUCAUCUCAUCCGAAGUGAGGCUGAUGCGGCAGAUUGGGAAUACAUCAAGUUUUCUGAGGACAUCAACGUACGUUGGGUUCCUCAAGGUGAUGGCACGUUCGAGUGCCAUUUUUUGACCUGCGAGACGCAUCAAGUGUCCGUCGAGAACCUCCCAAGCGUGAAAGGGUAUUCAAGUAAUGAUCUGUGGAUUCCUCAUCCCACCAAGGAGUAUUUCUGGAAGAGAAUUGGAAGAAAGGAUGAUGUCAUCGUCCAUACCUCUGGAGAGAAGACUGUUCCAGCUCCGAUGGAGGACGUCCUCAUGAGCAGCCCUUGUAUCAUGGGCACCGUUAUUUUUGGUCGGGAUCACGACACGACUGGGGUCCUUAUUGAGUUGAAAGCACAGUAUGCCGUCGAUGUCAACGACGAACAAGAAGUUAUUAAAGCACGGAACCUGCUGUGGCCGAUCGUUGAAGAAGCCAACAAAAUUGGCCCGGCGUUUAGCAGGAUCUUCAAAGAAAUGAUCUUGUUCGUAUCGCAAGACAAGCCUUUACCUAGGGCAGGAAAAGGCACUGUGAUGCGAAAAACGGCGUUACAUGCAUACGAGACUGAGAUCGAGGAUAGCUACGCCAAAGUCGAGGCUACUGUGAAGGUUGACACAGUCACGCCGCCUGCCUCAUGGACCAAGGCCGACACCGAGGCAUGGCUCAAAGCUCAAUGUGAAGACAUCCACUCUGACAGGAAAUUUUCGGUCUCAGGCGACCUAUUCGAGCAGGGCAUGGACAGUCUCAGUGCCACCAUUCUUCGCCGCCGCAUCGUCGGUGCUAUGCAAUCCCACAGCAUUGUCCAGAAAGCCGCUAAGCUUGUCUCCCAAAUCACCAUCUACGACCACCCUUCGAUCGCCAAACUCACUUCUUUUUUGGACGGCAUUGUUGUCGACCCUGACAACUUCGUUGUCACGACGAGCAGGGCGGAGGCGAUGGAGCAGAUGAUCGCGAAGUAUUCAACGGGAAUGACUCCACUUUCUGAAGGCCAGGCGACAAGCAAGUCGAUCGAAGAGACCGUUGUGCUUCUGACUGGAUCAUCGGGCAAUCUGGGCUCGCAGCUGCUUGAAGCCUUAAUCCGCAACAUCAAAGUCAAGAAAAUUUACACGCUUUCUCGACCAGCGGCGAGCAAGUCCGUUAAGGAGAGACACGCCGAGCGAACCGUCGACAAAGGCUUCGAUGUCAGCCUACUUUCAUCAGAGAAGGUCGUGUUCUUGGAGGCGGAGGCCUCUCAUCGACACUUGGGUCUGAACCUAGACGUGUAUGAAGAGCUGCGCACCUCUGUCAACGUCAUCAUUCACAAUGCAUGGAAACUUGACUUCAACCUCUCGCUUUCGUCCUUCGAACCCAACGUCCAAAGCACACGGAAUCUCAUCGAUCUGGCCCGCGCAAGCGACCAUGCUUCGUCAUUCAGGUUCCUCUUCACGUCGUCCAUAUCUUCCGCUUUCUCCUGGGACCGGACUCUUGGACCAUACCCCGAAGCAAUCGUCAAAGGCACAAAAUAUGCCAUUGGAAAUGGGUAUGGCGAAAGUAAAUAUGUUGCAGAAAGGAUUCUUGCAACCAGCGGUCUACGUGCGACAUCUUUCAGGAUUGGGCAAAUAUCUGGUGGCAAACCUAACGGCGCUUGGGCGACUACGGACUGGGUGCCCAUCCUCGUCAAGUCAGGCAUUCGAUUAGGUUCUCUUCCUUCAGCGUUCGGGCUUGCCUCCUGGUUACCCAUGGAUGCAGUCUCUCAGACUAUCCUCGACGUCGCGUUCUCCGAGGCCGACGAACCCGCCCUCAAUAUCGUACACCCGACUCCUCUAGCAUGGGACGAGAUCAUGGCAUCUAUCAACGAAGCCAUCGUUCGGGAGGGUAUUGUGGAGCAGAAGUUACCUGUAGUCGACUUCCAAACAUGGUUCUCUGCCUUGGAGGGCAAGUCCCAUGAUGCUUGCGAAGAGGACAUCAAGGCGAUGCCCGCUAUCAAGCUUCUCGAGUUCUUUCGCACUAUGGCUCGGGUCGAUGUCUCCCUCCGCCAGCAGGGAAAUGACAAGGUUGAGAGCGGCGGUUUGCCAACGUUUUCAACGAGCAAGGUUGAGGACAUCAGUGAUACGAUGAAGGAGCUGCCCAGCCUCGCGCUGUCGGACGCUGUCCUUUGGGUUAAGUAUUGGAAGCAUGUGGGAUUAUUCCGAGCAUA